ACCUCGAUGGUUCAUCUGUCGUUGGAUGUUGCAAUUGACUAGUGCAUAGCAUAUUAUGGCCAUUAGUUUUAUUUCGCGAUCAGACUUCGUUGCGAAUUAUAACAAAAUGCUGUUGAUGUUGUUAUUUACUUCUGCGGCGAUCGUGUCUGCUCACCAUGAACAUCCAGCACAAUAUAAGGCGAUAGCAAAGCUGACGCAGCCGAGUGGAGACGAGGUCCACGGUAAUGUGACCUUCACUCAACUAGCUGACGGCAAAGUCCACGUUCAGGGUGCGAUCGUGGGCCUUGCACCAGGACACUAUGGCUUCCAUGUCCAUGAGAAGGGAGACAUCUCUGGAGGAUGUGGUACAACUGGAUCUCAUUACAACCCUCAUCAUAAGGACCAUGGUCACCCCAACGACGAGAACCGUCACGUCGGUGACUUAGGCAACGUGGUCUUCGACGAGAACCGAGUCAGUGUUCUAGACUAUGUGGACAGUGUGAUCUGUCUGACCGGAGAAUACUCUAUCGUGGGCCGAGCUGUGGUCCUUCACGAAAAGGCAGAUGACUUUGGCAGGAGUGACCAUCCUGAUUCCAGGAAGACCGGGAACGCCGGAGGUCGGGUGGCCUGCGGUGUCAUCGGAAUCUUAGAUCCUGUUGAGGGCUGGCAAAGAAACAGCUCUGCGAAUUCUAGAAACUCUCUGGUCCUCAUCUUCACGUCUAUGGUUUAUUUUUUUAUCAAGCACUUAAUUUAAAGUAAUAAAAAAAAACUAUUGUUGUUACUUAAACUGUAUAGUGUUGUAUAAUUUAGUUGUCUUGUUAUUUGUUUGGUUUUAAUUUAGUUGAUGUAAAAUAGAAUGUAAAUGACAAGAGUUUAGUUAAGAUAUUUUUAUACGAUGUAAGUAGUGUUUAAACCUUUUUGUAAAUAUUGUUUUAAGGUACUGAUUACUUAUGUAAAGUUACCUGUGUAUUUUUAAUCAAGUAGUUUGAUUAUAUGUAGAACUUACUUCACUAAUUAAUUUGUUAUAAGAUAUAACUUGUUGUGAAAUAAAUUUCUCUAGAAUAUGUUACCUAAAUCGAAAAUCAAAUAAAUUAUUAUUUGUUGUCGCUAAA